UAGAUGCCACCGGUUCGGCGGCUGGUGCCGAGCCGGGCGAGGCGGCUCAAGCGCUGCACCUCUUGGCGUCCGGGGCUCCCCCGCCGGAGAUCGUCAUCUCCCGGGAAGGCAACCAUCAUCACCACGCCGCCAACACGGGCGGGGGUCCCGGCCACAAGCCCCCCGCCGCCGCCUCCUCCGCCGCCUCCUCGGCUUCGGCUGCCUCCGCCGCCGCCGGGCCACCCCCUUCGGCCAAGGCGCCCAAGCGCAAGAAUCAGAACAUCGGCUACCGGCUCGGCCACCGGCGCGCCCUUUUCGAGAAGCGCAAGCGGCUGAGCGACUACGCGCUGAUCUUCGGCAUGUUCGGCAUCGUGGUGAUGGUCAUUGAGACGGAGCUCUCCUGGGGGCUGUACUCCAAGGGUUCUAUGUUCUCCCUGGCCUUGAAAUGCCUCAUUAGCCUUUCCACAGCCAUUUUACUGGGGCUCAUCAUAGCGUAUCACACGCGAGAAGUCCAGCUCUUCGUGAUCGACAACGGGGCCGACGACUGGCGGAUCGCCAUGACCUACGAACGCAUCCUCUACAUCACUUUGGAAAUGGUGGUUUGCGCCGUGCACCCCAUCCCGGGGGAGUACAAGUUCUUUUGGACGGCCCGGCUGGCUUUCUCGUACACGCCUUCCCGCGCGGAGGCCGACGUGGACAUUAUCCUCUCCAUCCCCAUGUUCCUCCGCCUCUAUCUCAUCGCCCGGGUCAUGCUCCUUCACAGCAAGCUCUUCACCGACGCCUCGUCCCGCAGCAUCGGGGCCCUCAACAAGAUCAACUUCAACACUCGCUUCGUCAUGAAAACGUUGAUGACCAUCUGUCCCGGCACGGUGCUUCUAGUCUUCAGCAUCUCCCUCUGGAUUAUCGCCGCCUGGACCGUACGGGUUUGCGAGAGGUGA